CCGCCGAGGCCAGCAGAGAGCCAGAGAGGAGGGACUGUGUGCAGCUCUGAGAGCCAGCUGUCGUCUGUUCAGAGCUGGGUCUUUUCUCUCCGUCACUCCCCCGUUCUCCGCUGGCCUCAUCACUCCAUGGGACUCCAGACCUGGCCUCCAAGCUUACCACCUCUGUCCUCUAUGGCCUGCCUUGAAGUGGAGACCCCCUCCAUCUGCAGGGGGAAAUUCAAAUCAGUCCUUCAGCUCUGUUUGCAGCAGAGGAGAACUCGGGAGCAGCUUGUGGAACAGGGCAUCAUGCCUCCUCUGAAAACACCAGCUGCCUUUCAUGAGCAGAUCCGCAGCCUGGAGAGAGCGAGGGCGGGGAAUUUCCUAAAGCAUAAACUCUGCAGCAGACCCGAGCGCUCCGAGCUGGUCCGGAUGCACAUCCUACAAGAGACGCAGGCCGAGCCCUCCCUUCAGGCCACACAGAUGAAGCUGAAGAGGGCCAGACUGGCUGAUGAUCUGAAUGAGAAGAUCGCCCAACGGCCUGGACCCAUGGAGCUGGUGGAGAAGAACAUUCUACCUGUGGACUCUGGGGUCAAAGAGGUCAUCAAUGAUGAUAAAAUAAGCAACACAAAGACACCAGAUGUCUACAGUUUCGAUGAGGAUAGCAGUGAUGCCUUAUCACCAGAGCCGCCUGCCAGUCAGGAGUCCAUGAGCUCCAGCUCCGGAUCCCCGAGAGAGUCUGGACGGACUGAGGCCACGCCCUCCUUUUACCUGAAUUCUCCCAAACAGCCGUCUCCACCAAACUGCCAGUCCACAUUAGAUUUAGUCUCCACCAGUGAACAGCAGAACAACCAACAAGCCAAUCCACCUCAACCAGUCCCUACUGUGGUCCUCAACAUCCCAACAGGACCAGUUCUGGUUAAGCAAAGCCUGCCCCGGACGCCCGGCGAUAAAGGCCGCAGCAAAAAGAGCAAAGAGCCCAAGCCAAGGGUGAAAAAAUUAAAAUACCAUCAGUACAUUCCCCCAGAUCAGAAGCCGGAGCAUGACGUACCGAUGGACUCUGCGUACGCCCGCCUCCUGCAGCAGCAGCAGCAGUUCCUGCAGCUCCAAAUCCUGAGCCAGCAGCAGCAGCAGUACAGCUAUCAGACCAGCCUGCCUGUCGCACUCAAACCAACAACUGAGGUACAAACCAGCUGCUCCGGAGUUAUCCUGAGUGGAAACACUGCAUCUGGCCUCGCGCAGCCUCGCCACAUUCAGACGAACCGCAAGCCGGAUCAUUUACCAGCUAAUCUGGAUGAGAUGAAGGUUGCUGAGUUGAAAAUGUUACUGAAACUCAGAUCUUUGCCUGUUUCUGGGACUAAGACUGAUCUGAUCGAGAGGCUAAAGUUGUAUCAGGAGAACUCCAACAUUCAGACGUCCACUGCAGCAGAGAUACAGUCGGAAAAUGCAAAGAUAACCCCGCCUGUGUCGCCUAUAGCUUCCAAAGUGUCCAGUCUGGGCAUUGAAGACAGUAAUACAUCAGACAGCCAUGCGAAGCUCCCAGACACUGCCCCCUGCAUCAGCUCCCCACGGGACAGUCCCACCGAGACUAAGCCCUGUGACAUGGACUCUGAAAAGGACAAACGUCUGCAUGAGAAGGAGCGGCAGAUUGAGGAGCUGAUGCGGAAGCUGGAGCAGGAGCAGAGGCUGGUGGAGGAGCUGAAAAUGCAGCUGGAGGUGGAAAAGAGGAGUCAGCAGGGGGACUCUCCACCUCAGCUCAGCCCCCUCCCCCCAGUCCAGGUCAAAGAGGAAAACAGGACCUUCUCAAACUGCUCAGCGACCUGUACGUCUCCUGCUCUGCGAGUGGGAAUCAAACAGGAGGAGGCGGCAGAACAGAGCCCCUUAAGUCCUCCGAACCCGUUCAUCAUCAGCCGCCAGAGCCUGAAUCAGCCCGACAGCCUGCAGACGGUCCAGGCCGGAGCCCAGAUCCUCCUGCCUACGUCACUUCCUGCCUCCGCCGUCACCAUCCAACUCCCAACCAGCAGCAUUAACCUAACUGUCAGCAGCUCAUCUCCAGGCCUCAUCCAGACCUCUGGACAGAUGCCACAGAAAAUAGAGGUCUCAGCAGCAUUACAGCAGCAGUGCAGCACUGCGCCUCAUCCGCUGACAAAGCUGUGGAUUGAUACGGCUGCACAAAACUUACUCAACACAUUCCCGGUGAGCGGGUGUCCCACAGAGGCCUCGUCCAAUCAGACGGUCCCAAAAGGAUCCGCCAACAAGACUCCCUGUGGGGGCGAGCCAACUCUAAUCUUACAGACGCCAAAAUUCACAAACAGUGGAAUGAAGAGUAAAGACCCGCCUCGUUAUGAGGACGCGGUCAAACAGACGCGCAGCAUGUUAACGGCUGCUCAGGGCCCCUCCGGCACCAGCCAACAAAUGGACGACCUGUUUGACGUGUUGAUCGAGAGCGGUGAGAUCUCCCCCUUCAUCAGACAGGAUCCUCUGAGCGUGGACAAGCCUCUCCCUGUGACAGCCAGUGUAACCACCCUUCCCAUCAACACGGUUUUAUCGCGUCCUCCAGCCCUGGUCCAAGUGGCCCAGCUGCCGGCUGCCCCUCUUGACCCCCCCAACACCCAGCUGGAAACCCUUCUGCACACAGAGACGCAAACACUGAAGCUGAUGGAAGAGCUCCACUCACCUUUGGUCACCAUGGAGGUGGACUUUGAUGAAAACACACCGCCCUCCGCUUUGAACCUGCACAACACCAACAUGGACAGCAUGGACUGGCUGGACCUCACCCUGUCGGUGCCCACAGAGGGGGUUCACGCCAUGGACAUGUCCACACCUGUGGGCGUUUUUUCCUCUGACUUCUUGGACUCCCAUGAAAUGCACCUGAGCUGGGACUGAAUGUUGAACCCAUCCAGACCCAAACAGAAAUUAUUUUUUAUGCAAGGUUUUGUCUCCAUAAAACUAAAAGACAGAUGGAGCGUCUUUGUUCUGCUUUUCGUCUCCAUUUUGUAUAAAUCAGCUCGUAAUAAUCUAAGUGUGCAGUGGCUAUUUAGAGGUUACUGCAUUUCUUCCUCUGAGGUAUUUAAACACUGAUUGUACGGGAAGAAAGACAAAGUUGGACUGGUACUGACAGACUGAGCUCAAAAUGAGGAAGCUGAAAAACUUAAGUUAUGCCACAGCUUUAUUUUCAUUCUUCUCUCAUGUUAUCGGUUCUUCUUAAUCCUCCAGUCCAAGAUUCAUCGUUCAAGGUUUGUUUUAUCAUUAUUUGUACAUAUUGACGUGUGAAAGAGGGAAAAAUUGUGACUUGGGUCCAGCAGCGCACAGUAGACAGUGAAUAAUUUAAUCAUCACUAACUUCAUAAGCUAAAAUAAUGUGAUACACUGCAAAAAUCAAAAUCUUACCAAGUGUAUUUGUCUCAUUUCUAGUCCAAAUAUCUCAUCACACUUAAAAUAAGACAUAAUCACCUAAAGAGAAACUUGUA